AUGAAUUUUUCUAAUAGUCAGCAACCAAACAGUUCACGGUCAGCUUUAUUGCAAAAAAAUGAACGUUUAAAGACAAAUCCUUCAUAUCAUUCGCUCGCUAGAAAAUCAUCAACUUGGAUGCGAGCGAAUGCCCCUACACAAAAGCCUUCUGCCUUCCGAAGACUUCAGUACUAUAUCCCCGUAUUGCAUUGGCUUCCAAAUUAUGCAUUUGGAAAUUUUAUUUGGGAUAUUUUGGCCGGAUGCUCUACGGCGUGUCUUUCGAUUCCUGUUGCCCUCAGCUAUUCUCAGACAUUCUUGGGGAUUCCUCCGGUGUACUCGUUGAUGGGUGCUUCCAUAAGUCCGAUACUCUAUAGCCUUUUUACGGCUAGUCCAUUGCUUAGCGUGGGUCCAGAAGCUGGUAUAUGUUUGCUAAUUGCAGGUAAUAUUCAUCAAAGGGUAAUUCAGAAUAGCGAAACCCCAGAAAAAAUGGCUAUUCUCAUUACCGGAAUGAUUACUUUUUUGACAGGCCUCUUUACAUUGGCAGCAGGGACUUUUCGACUUGGCUUUCUUGAUGCUCUUGUGUCUCCUGUUUUGCUUCGUGGUUGCAUUUCGUCGAUUUCAGUCAUUAUUAUGAUCAACCAAGCUAGCGUCAUUUUUGGACUAACUCACAUCCAACCUAUCAAGUCGGAUCUUCCUAUAGAAAAAUUGAUUUUUAUACUGCAUAAUAUUUCAAAAUCUCACAAGUUUACCUGCGCAGUUUCAAUGGUUGGUAUUGUUUUAUUUACUGCGUCGCGUAUAGGAAAGACAAGAUUUUCUUCCCGCUUCCCUAGAAUUGUUUCCAUUCCGGAUACCGUUUUGAUUCUUCUGGUAGCAGCUCUACUCAGUAAACAGUUUCAGUGGCAUUCCGUUCACGGGGUACCAAUUCUUGGUGACGUUGAAACAAAGGUCAUCUAUCCUAGACUCCCUUUACCUAAACUAAAUAAACUAAAUUUUAUUAGUGAAUCUUUGCAAACUGGUUUGACAUGCGCAUUUCUGUCAUUCAUUGAUACCAUUAUAGCUAUUAAGGCUCUCUCAACUCAAAGAAGCCAAAUACUUCGGUCAAAUCGAGAGUUGUUUUCAUUAGGACUAGCAAACAUUGGUGGAAGCCUGUUUUCCGGUUUGCCUAUAUGCGGUGGUUAUUUACGUUCAAAGUGCAACAUCCUUUCAGGUGGUCGUACUCAGGUUUCUGCGAUAGCAUGUGGUGUUAUUGUAUUUUUGGCAACUUUGUAUAUUUUGCCUAUUUUUUCCCAUGUACCUAAUUGCUUGUUAUCGGCAAUGGUUGUGUCUUUGGCUCUUUCUUUACUAACAGAUGUUACUUAUGAAAUUGCAUCUUUGGUAAAGCUUCGCGCGUUUUACGAAAUUCUCAUGAUAGUUUCUAUAGCUAGUAUAACGAUGAUGCUUGGCUUGGAAACUGGAAUCAUAUUUGGACUUGGUAUUACAAUUUUGCAAAUAAUACGGCAUGCGACUCGUUCUCGCAUUAUGUUUCGAACUACAGUUGAUGAAAACGAAGAUAAUAUCCUGUUGGAAGAUCAUGCCUCUGGCCGUUCUCAGCGGAUAGAUACGCUUGCAGUUGAUUCCGAUGAUCAGCUUCGUGUUCUUGUAGUUAGAAUUCCAGAACCCCUUUUCUUUGCUAAUGUUAGUCAAUUGGAAGAUCGAUUGAGUCGACUGGAGAAAUACGGGAAUCCACGCAUGCAUCCUGGUGAAAUGCCAUAUCACUGUGUUGAAGACCUGGAGAUCGUUGUUUUUGAUAUGGUUGGUGUUUCUUCCAUGGAUUCGAGUGCUUUAUUUACUUUUCGUCGAAUCUUGGCAAGGUACAGAAAUUAUAGAACCAACAUCUAUCUUGUUUCUGUUGAUCCUUCAAUUCUGCAGAUUUUUGAAAAGCAUGGUAUUAUCGAGAUUAUUGGAGGAUUCAAUCAUGUUUUUGAAAGUAUGAAGGAAUUGGAUGCUGCACGUGAUACAGGAGGGAGGUUAUUUUAA